CAAACAUUACAAGAUGCUGAAUGUUGGUCUGUUAUUCAGAAGAAAGCAUUUUCUCCCGGUGGAGCACAGAAGCCCGCAACUAUGACAAGCAUAGGACUGGAGAUAGCAAAAAAAUGCGAUUUUGCUACUUGAACAGCAAGUUGACAGCUACUUGACAGCAAAACCAACGUGGCGGAGAGAGGGAAGUAUUUUCUAUUUAUUUAAAUAAAAAAAAUCAAAAAGAAAAACGAGUUAAUGGGAAAAUAUUAACUCCCGUUGGGUAUACCCAACGGUUCAAAUGGAACGGUUUAGAAAUUUGGCAGCGGGAAAAUAUCUUAUUCAGUUUGUUUUUUUUUCUUCCUAAAACAAAUCUAGGGUUUCUUCAUCUUCUUAAAACAGAUCUAGGUAUUCCGAGAUAAGAAUUUGUUCUCUCCAAAUCUUGGAAUAGAAACAAGUUCCGUGAUGGUAAUUCCAUAGAUCAGUACCAUCUCUGUGUUAAACUUAUUACUAACAAGGUAAACUUAAAACCCAACACUAUAUUUAUUGUAUAAGAGUUUUUGAAUGCGACGUUUUGAAUGCCAAACUUAUCUUUAUUGUUUAAGGUUUAAUAUAAAUCGUGUUUUAUGAAGUAUUUACAGUUCUCGUUUCUCUUCCGUUAGAUUUGGUAAGCAUUCUGAUCAGGAGUUUGAAUAACGAUUUCAAAACUAUAGCUUAUAUGAUUGAUAUAUGUUAAUGUUCACAGAUGUGUUUAUACCGUAAACUUGUAUCACUUUUAUAAUACAUCUAAUCUGAUUUGAAGUGUAGAUGGUGGUGGCCAGUUUAGAUGAUGUUGAGAAGGAAACGGGUGAAAAUAUGCAAAGUACUGAUGAGGAUGAAUUCUACAUUGGAAAAAAGUUUGAAACACAUGAUGAUUUGUUCAGUGCUUUUAAAGCUUAUGCAAAACGAGUAGGAUUUGCAGUUAGAAAAAGAACUAAUCGGAAAAAUGAAGAAGGGAUCACAAGGAGUGUGACGUAUGUUUGUAACCGAGCAGGAAAUCCUGUUAACAUGACUAAAAAUAUAGUGAAACCUCGCAAGAGCAAUCGUUGUGAUUGCAAGGCUUACGUUACUGCAAGAUUGGAUGAUGAAGACAAAUAGGAGAUUACUCAGCUUAAGCUCGAUCACAAUCAUAUGUAUAAUCCAAGUCUGUCUCGGCAUUAUCGGCAACAUCGCAAAGUUGAACCACAUGUAUUACAUACAAUUGAUCUUAAUGACCAAUUAGGAAUUCCAGUGGAAAAGACUUUCCGCUCUGUGAUGAAUCAGUUUGGUGGAUUUGAUAAAGUUGAUUGCAAUUGUGGUACUAAUACGUAAUGGUAUUCCUGAAAAAUACAUCUUACGCAGGUGGAGAAAAGACGUAACAAGACCGCAUACAAAAGUGAAAGUGAGUUUUAGUUGUUGGGAAUUGAACGAGUCCAGUCUCCGUUACAAAUGUCUCUGAAGUUCAACGUUUUAGCGGAUUUGGCUUCUGCCAAUGAUGAAGAAAGUAAGGUUGUCAAUGAAUGGUCGGAUAAUAAGAUUAAGGAGCUCAAAGCUAAGUCAAUAGAACUCGAAAAGAUUAAAUUAAACGCUGAGGAUAAAGGGGAUACAUCAUUUCCUAAUGUUCGUAAUCCACCGAAAAAGAAACGUAUAGGAAGAAAAAGAUCUAAAAGACUCAAAGCCAAGAGAGCACGGAAAAGGACAAAAACAAAUCCCUCGACAAAGCCUAGCCAGGAAAGUGUUGCAACUCCAACACCAUCAUAUCCUCAUGAUAUUUCACAUCAGCAACAUACAGAAGCUACUCGUGGUCGAGGUACUCGAGGUCGGGGCACUCGAGGUCGUGGUGCUCUUGGAAAUGCCGCUCAACUGAGUAACAAUGCUUCUACUUGAACAACGCGCGCCAUCAGCUGUCAAGAAUCUGUUCAAGUAGAGAAGAGUUUACUUGGCGAAGAAGGCAAAACGCGAAGAAGAUAAAUUAUCAAGCAAGAAAUAGAGCAGGUGUCCCGACAAGACCAGGUGAAGUCAGCGAAAGGUGGGGGAAAACUUUAUGAAAUAUGCUCCAAGCGAAGUAUAAAGUAACCUCGGCGAGAUAAUGUGGGUUGUAUACCAUUAGGGUUGUUGGAGGCUAUAAAUAGAGACCUUGGGGGAAUGUAAAGGGGGAGAUCUGGUGGAGAGGGAAAGGUCUAGAAUAGG